CGAAACAGUUCCGUCGCAGGUUUCCAACGGUACAGAGGUGCAAUCGCUUAAUUCUCGCAAAAAACAAUCAGUACCCAAUUAUAAAAUAGUUGCUAACAAGUUCAAAAUGAUGCAAUAUCUUGUUGUUAGCCUGGCACUCUGUGCCACAAUUUGCUCUGCUGCGCAGACGCGCAAUAUGCCCAUUCAAGCCAUUGCCUAUCUGAUUGGACCCGUGCAAUCGGAUAAUACCCAGGUCAAGGGCAACGUGACCUUUACGCAGAACGACUGUGGCCAGAAUGUCCAUGUGCGCGUCCAGCUGGAGGGAUUGAAGGAGGGCAAGCACGGCUUCCACAUUCACGAGAAGGGAGAUCUGACCAAUGGAUGCAUCAGCAUGGGUGCUCACUAUAACCCCGAUAAGGUUGAUCACGGUGGCCCCGAUCACGAGGUGCGUCAUGUUGGCGAUCUGGGCAACCUGGAGGCCAACUCCACGGGCAUUAUCGACGUUACAUACACGGAUCAGGUGAUCACCUUAACUGGCAAGCUGGGGAUCAUUGGCAGGGGAGUUGUUGUCCACGAAUUGGAGGAUGAUCUCGGUCUGGGCAACCACACGGAUUCCAAGAAGACCGGCAAUGCAGGCGGCCGCAUUGCCUGUGGUGUUAUUGGCAUCAAGUAAAUAUCCCUUCCAACGUGUCAGCCAAAUCAAUAUGCUGCUCGAAUACUUUAUGUGUAGUUGUGUAACUCCAGGCGUAGUAACUAAUGAAAUGUUUUCCCAAUUUUCCCAAUUCCCCCACCCACAAUCACACUCACCCUUACAUGUUUGGCUUACACAUUUCCCUCAAUUAAUUGUCUCAGUUCACUGACUCACUCGAUUUGCCGUGUGUGUGUUUGUGUGUAAUAAAAUCAACAAAAAUUAACCGAAAUCUAAGCUAAACAUUAGCAUACUCUGUACCACUUGUGUUCUACCACCUCAUAUUCAUGGCCUAAACAAACUUUCGCGCUUUGCUGGGGUUGCUUUUCCGAGUGGGUAGGUAUGACAGAGAGCCUUUUUACCUAUCAUUUUUACUAACAUCAUUAGCAUUAGUCGGUCGGUCGGUCGGUCGGUCGGUCGGUCGGCGAAGAGAAGGGGAUAUUGGAAUAACAACUGCCGCUGGAAUCGGAACUUUACUGAUCCAACCAGGGUUCAAUCAAAAAACUCACAUUGUAUGUUUUCCAGUGGCCCAUCUGUACCUGCACCUGCACCACCAACACCACGCCAUCAGCCACUGUACUAUGUGCCCCAUGGGGAGCCACAAGAUCAUGUUGUCUAUCCACUCCAGCACUAUCCUUUGCCAUACCCACACCCAUAUCCAUAUCCGCACCCAUACCCCUAUCCGUAUCCGUUGUCGCACCAAUUGUAUCUGUGAGAUCGCGAGACUACACCGUUCGCCUGUUCCACCUUCUAAUUGCAGCUCGGAUGUGGACGAGUGGCCAUGUCGCGAUGGUGGCGCCGGCGCCCUGCGCUACUCCUUCUCCAUCCUGACCGUCAUCGUGGCCCUCAUCAUGGCCCGCAGCCUUGACUAAUCCGAAACAUGCACCCGGAUCGGAUCGAAUGCACGCAUGUGGCAUGGGAUUGUUGGCCAUCGUAGUGAUCUGCAUACCUACUUACACACUAACCACACAACCAUGAGUCGCACACCACUACCAACAGUAAUUAUAAUACUCCAGCAUUAUCCACCCAAAUAGAGAAAUCAAAGGAACUAACUAAGCUACUUGUAAAGUGUUUGAAUUGAUCGAUAAUAAAGUUUGUUAUUUGU